AUGCUCCUCAGAUUCCGACCGUUCAAAGGGAGGAGCUACGUGCAUCUACAGGAUCAGAACCUCUCCCUUCUGUUCAAAGUUCCAGAUUCCGACAUCGAGCAUAUCGAAUCACCUGAUAUUGAAACCACCAAGUCGCCUGGACAUUCUCCUUCUUCUGAAUCCUCUGCAACGGUCCCCCCCUCUAUAGUUUCUCAUUCAGAUGCCUCCGCCUCCGUAGGUUCACCUUCCGCCUCCCUUCCUCCCCCAAUCGCAACCCCGACAUCCGUACUCGACGCCAUAGCCGAGCCGCUUCGCGCGGGGUUGGAGGCGGUGCACAGGGAUAUGCAGUCUGCCGGCCAGUCGGAGCUAAGGCGGUCCAAUGUGGACCGAUGCAAGCUCGUCGUGCGGCUGGGGAAGCUGCUGUUUGGGCCGCCGUUCGGAUCGCCAGAGGAUCUCCUCCCCAGCCUGCCGCCCUUCACAGCGGGUGCACUGGAGUCGGUCUUUAACCGCCUGCCAGGCAGCACCUCCCUGCCAGGCAGCACCUCCCUGCAGGUGCAGCGCCUGCCAGCCAAGAUGCACCGGUCGCUGGAAACAGGCAUGCCUGAGCCGCUAUUUCAAGCUGUGGAGAGCAUUGCCAUGGCGGGGGACGGGGCGAGCACAUGCAUGAGAGAGACAUACCACAUCCGGGUACGUGUCAUGUGCCAGCCAUGCCACAUAGCCUUCCCCUCCUCCUUCCACUCAUCCGCUGCUGCACUGCAUUGCAUGGCACCCCUCUUCAGGAAAUUCUGGCUCCCUCAUUCCCUGCCAAAUUUGUUUCCUUCCCCUCCCCUUUUCCCGUCCCUUCCCCUUCACACGCAGGAGGCCACUCGAUCCGUGUGUGAGAGCAUAGCAUCGACAGCAAUCAUUGAGGACACCAGAAAGGGCGGCCUGCACUGGCCUGUCGCCGUUGACUUCCACGUCGGCAUGACGGAUGAUCCGUCACACCAGUUCCAAGUGACAAGCGUGCGGCAUCAGAAGCGGCUGCGCGUGCAGUCAGGCGGGCAGGUGUGGAAGCUGUCGCGAGUGAACGGGGUUGAUUAUGACCAUGGGGGAGGGCGCCUCACCAAUGAAGCAGAGUUCUCCCUGCUGGCCUGGCGAGAUGCUAUGAAGGCAAAACAGGAGGCAAGUGACAGCACAGCCACGUCUUCGUCUCCUUCCUCGCUACCCAGCAAGCCCCUGCCUACAAGCUACUCAGCAGCAUCUUGCUUUGACUCGAGCUUACAGCAGGCAGCACCACAGUGGACUCCAGACAGUAUUCUUGCUGAUUGCCCCGCCCUCAUACACUGGCUGCAGGAGCACAUGCCGUAG